AUGACAUUGUUUCCAACUGCUACCUCUUCCUCUAGCACCCCACCCCUAUCAGAUACGUGUGGUUGUCUUGAAGGGCACCAUGAUGUGCAGAUUGCCCACUUACCAGGGCCAUCAUUAGGGGAAAGGGAAACGGUGGAGCCAAAGCAUAUCCGAUUCCUCUCAGGCUUCUUUUGGCUACCACAUGUUUUGUGUAAAAUCUCCAUCACAACAAAUGCACCCUCUAGACAAGAACAAGUCGAAGGAGAAGAGAGAAACAGAUCCUCUCACGUGCACAUGCAGCAGAACCACCCCAACACCAGUCAUCAUGUCCCCUUGUCCAACUAUGACGUUAGAGAGCUAAAAUUGGAAAACGGCCAAUUGGCCAUGCAUGGCCUUGGUGGGCUUCUUCCCACAUCCCAAGCGAAGCACACAUGGGGCAGGGCUGGUGACACACUAGAAUCCGUGGUUCAUCAAGCUACUCACCACAAACGUGAACCAAACUUGAUCCACAAUGGCCAGACACCGGCCAACAUAAGCUCAAUGGUUGCAUCCUCCGGGCGAACAUGGACUGACGAAGGAGGCCAGGUACCGUUGGCAGAGGGGUGGAUGAGGAAACAUACUCGAUCUGACUCCGAUUACCAUGGAAACAAUUUUAGUGGUAGUACUACCAGCAUUCAUGAAGAGCAUGCAGAUCCCAGCACUUGUGCUAGUCCUAGUCCUAGUCCUAGUGCUAAAUUGUGCAGGGACAAUGAAAAAACUAUGACUACAUGGGCUUCGUUUGAGUCUCUUCCCAGCUUGAAGAGUACCAAAAGCCCCGACGAGGAUUCAGCCUCUCACGGGGGAUUGGAAAACCAAGAUGAUGGCCAAGAGACCACCAAAGAUGGUGAAUCAGGUCGUUCACGCUCCACAAGACCAAAGCGUGCUGCUGCUGUUCAUAAUCAGUCAGAGCGGAAACGAAGAGACCGGAUAAAUCAGAAGAUGAAAGCUCUGCAAAGGUUGGUGCCAAAUGCAAGUAAGACUGAUAAGGCUUCAAUGCUUGAUGAGGUGAUCAAAUACUUGGAACAACUUCAAGCUCAAGUCCAAAUGAUGAGCAGUGUGAGAAAUAUGCCUCACAUGAAUAUGAAUAUGAAUAUGAUGAUGCCUCUAGGAAUGCAGCAGCAGCAGCAUCUUCAUCAAAUGUCAUUCUUGGCACAUAUGGGCAUGGGUGGUAAUGUUGGUCCUCUUGGGCUAGGAAUGGGAAUGGGAAUUGGAAUUAUUGACAUGAGCAACAAUAUGGCACGCAUGGCUGCUCAUGCUCAUCAUCAAUCCAUUCGCCUGCCGAUUCCUCAUCCUACUCCGGUUGUGGCGGCAGCUCCUACUUUCAUUCCACCCUUUAUGGUACCCCCAUUGAUGCCACGACACCCUCCUUCUCAAGCAAAGCCUGACCCUGCUUGCACCAAUGCUUCAGACUCUUUGCCUGAUCCAUAUGGUGCCCUUCUAGCACAACAAUCAAUGAAUAUGGACCUGUUCAAUAGGAUGGCAGCACUAUAUCACCAACAAGUCAAUCACACAACAGCGGCAACAAGCAGCCCAUCACAGUCAAACCAUGUGCAAGGGAACUAA